ACUGGGCACAGAGGACUGGGUACACGCAGUCGCCAUUUUGAGUCAUAGCAUAGCAUUCGUUUCAACUGCCUGUAUUGCUUUGCUUCGACAGUGGUGAUAAUAUUUUGAUAUUUUUAAUAAUUCUAAUUCAUCAUGGUGGGGUGCUCGGCACCAAAUUGUGCCAAUAAAACUGAGAAAGGGUUUCGCUUGUCUAGAUUUCCUACAAAUGAAAAAAGAAAGGCAAUUUGGCUUCAAAAUUGCAGACGUGAUAAAUGGAAGCCAACAUCAAAUUCCAGACUUUGUGAGGACCACUUUGAAGAAAAUCAGUGGGAGCUCCAUCGAGCAGAUGAGUGGAGAAAGUUGUAGCCAAAUGCUAUUCCAACUUUAUUUAAUGUUCCGAAUCCACCAAAAAAGCUUAUAUCAACAAGGCGUGCAAAUAACUUACAAGGACACAACCCCUAGUGAGAUAGCUGGAGGUGCUACAAUCACAGAAAAUGAAACUGCUAAUCUUGGUGUAGGGAAUGGCACAGCAUUAUCUCAUGAGGCAUUUCCUGCUGGGGAGGAGGAGCAAAUAAAGCAGCUCAAUAAUGAAGUUGCUUCACUGAAGGAGGAACUUCAGAAGAAGGAUUCAAUCAUGAAAUCGUUUUUGAAUAACGAGCAAAUUGCUGCAUUGCAACAAACACCCAAUAAGUGGAGUGCUGAGUCUACCCUUCUAGGCUUAAAGCUUCGAUUCAGCCAGGGUGUCAGCAUUUUCUAUUUUACUAAUUGCUGAUUAUCUCAAAACAAUAUUACAUGAUUAAUUGACAAUUAUAAUGUGAACUAUCAAACUGUAGGCUACCAUAGCUAUUAUGAGGUACCUAAUAUAGGUAAGUGUUGAAGCUGAGCAGUAGCUUGGUUUAUAAUAUUAUCACUAGUUUAUAGGCUUACUUACAAAUUCUCCUUGAUAUCAUGAACUCUCUAUAAUGAAUAUUAAAAUUGUCUUCAAAAAAUACCGAUCCUAGUGGCUUAGAAGACUCACACUAUUAAGCUGCGUUUACACCAAAAUUAUUAACAAAAUGUUUAUAACUUAUUCCUUAUAGAUUCUGUUAGAUUGAACAUAACUUAUCAUAAACCUGAUGAUCAUAUGUGUUUGUCAAUUUCCAUUGGAUCUAGAAGGAUUAAGUUAUUAACAUUAUUUUGUUAAUAACUUUGGUGUAAACGCGGCUUUACAAUACACUUGUAACAGCGAGUCUUCUAAGCUUGUGCAAGCUACAGUAGUAUUAUAGCCCAGGCCUAUAACUUUUUCUCAUCCAAAAUUGGACUGAUAUGAAUAAUUUUACUGGCCUACUGUGGUAUUGAUAAUUUUUACAUCUAAUAAUAAUCCAUGCAGUAGUGAGUAGACUAUUAAUUAUGAUAGAUAGAAACUUCUUUCUGAAGACUGUGCCUUUUGAAAACUAAUAAUGUUGAGGCACAGAGUUGAAGGACUACAGCUGGACUAGUUUUGUACGGUAUCGGGUUUUGUUUUAUUAAAUACAAAUAAUUUAAUUUUGUUCUGAACAAUACGUUCAUUUUUUGAAUGUAUCCUUGUUGGAAAAAUAUUCUCAUCAAUUUAUGAGCCACUUCAGUUCUUCAGUGAUGUCAAUGUAAAUUCUUUCCAAAACCAUACAACAUAGCAUAUACGGGUAUAAUUUGAAUUUGGCUCCUUCUUCUGUGACUCAAAAUGGCGACUGUGCAUACCUGGUAUUUAUAGUUUCCUACUACAGCCUACGUCACGGCUGCAG